UAAGCUCUCACUCACUCCUCACUUUCUCUCUCUCUCAACAAAUAAGUCGUCUCUUCUUUUUUACUUCAUCAACCCCCAGAAACAUUAUAAAAAACACAAAACCAGUUCCCCCCCCCCCCCCCCCUCUCUCUCCUGUAUUGUACAGUCGGGGAAAACAAACCCUCAAAAUUCCUGAUUUCUCUCUCACCUGUCUAAAAUGUCUCGUUUUUGAAAAAAAUCAAAUGUGAUGGGAAGCGGUUUCUCCCAGCUCUUCCCCUGCUUCGACCCGGGCGUGAACCGGUCCGGCGAAAACGAACACCCGGACGUGAUCUUCACCGCCUCCGAACCGCUCGACGAAACCCUAGGCCACUCCUUCUGCUACGUCCGGUCCUCCGCCCACUUCCUCUCCCCCACCCCGUCGGAUCGGUUCCUCUCCCCCACCAACUCCCUCCGGUUUUCCCCGUCUCACGAACCGGCAGGCAAGCCUAGACCGGGUGGCGAGACCGGGUUCAAGGCCAUCUCCGGCGCCUCGGUGAGCGCCAACACCUCCACUCCCCGAACCGUCCUCCAGCUCGACAACAUUUACGACGAUGCCACCGACUGCGUCGGCUGCGGCGUUAAGUCCAGCAUGGUUAACGGCUUCGAGAGCACGUCGUCCUUCAGCGCCCUGCCGCUGCAGCCCGUGCCCCGGGGCGGCGACCCGUCUGGCCCGAUGGACCGGGCCUUCUUCAUGUCCGGCCCGAUCGAGCGCGGGGCCCUCUCCGGGCCCCUGGACCCGAACCCUUCAGGUUCCGACACCGGGAGGAUCCCUUUCUCCGCGCCGCUUGGCGGUGGCUACGUAAGGAGGAGGAGGAAGAAGGGCAUACCUGGAAUUCGAAAAGCCUUCUCUAGGAAUUUCGAGAAGAAGCGGUGGGUUGUGCCCGUGAGGAACUUCGUGGGAAGGAAAGAGGUCGCGGCUGGAGGAGAGAGAGGCGAUUGUGAAUCGAAGAGAGAGAAUAACAGUAAUAGUAGUAGUAGUAAUGUGCAGUGGGCUUUGGGGAAGGCGGGGGAGGAUCGGGUGCACGUGGUCAUAUCGGAGGAGCAUGGGUGGCUCUUCGUAGGGAUUUAUGACGGGUUUAACGGCCCUGAUGCUCCUGAAUUCUUGAUGGGUAAUCUCUAUAAAGCCAUGUAUACUGAACUAGAGGGUUUGUUUUGGGAUUCUGACGAGGGUGGAGUAAAUGUAGCAAAUUUAGAAAAUGUGGAUAGUGUUGGUGGUGGUGGUGUAGAUCGUUCCAUUGCUGUGGAAAGUCAAGUGAGUGGGAAUGAUUGUGAUGAGACCCGGUUGGAUAAGGGAUCGGUGAAGAGAGUGACAUUUGAAUCGGAACAGAUUGGAGUUAGACGGAGGAGAUUGUGGGAAUUUCUAGCAGAAGACGACCCGGAAGAUGGGCUUGAUCUAUCCGGGUCGGAUAGGUUUGCGUUUUCAGUAGAUGAUGCGCUCAGGGUGAGCAAUGCGAGUAGACGGUCGCUCUUGUUGUCGAAAUUGAAGCAAGGGUUGAUUAGGCAUAAAGAGAGUGCAUGGAAGUUUGGGUUUGAGGCUAAGGAGAAGUCUGAGGCCGAGAAUAGGGUGGAGGAGAGAAUUAGGAAAAGCGGUAGUAUUAGGAAGCGUAGUAAAGUUGGUCCAGUUAAUCAUGACUCGGUUUUGAGGGCAAUGUCGCGGGCUCUUGAAGUGACUGAACUCGCGUAUUUGGAUAUGACGGAUAAGGUUCUUGAUCAGAACCCGGAGCUUGCCUUGAUGGGUUCGUGUUUAUUGGUUGCGUUGAUGAGAGACGAGGAUGUGUAUGUGAUGAAUGUUGGGGAUAGUAGGGCUAUUGUCGCUCAAUAUGAGCCUGAAGAAAUUAGUACUAGCACACUGGUAAAGGGGGCUGGGGCUAAUAAUGGAUCUAAUGCGGAGGACAUAGUUGAGGAGUCUAUCGAUGCUGGUGAGAGGGUAAAUAAGGUGGAAAAUGAGGCUACUAGUCAAGCUAUGAGGUUAAUUGCAUUGCAGUUGUCUACUGAUCACAGCACAAGCAUUGAAGAAGAAGUUAUAAGGAUCAAGAGUGAACACCCAGAUGACAGCCAUUGCAUCGUUAAUGACAGAGUAAAAGGCCGCCUUAAAGUUACCCGUGCAUUUGGGGCUGGGUUUCUUAAGCAGGCCAAGUGGAAUGAUGCAUUAUUGGAAAUGUUUCGGAAUGAGUAUAUUGGUACUGCGCCAUACAUAUCUUGUUCCCCUUCGCUUCGUCACCAUAAAUUGUGUCAAAGAGAUCAUUUUUUAGUCCUCUCAUCUGAUGGCUUAUAUCAGUACUUGAGUAAUCAGGAAGUGGUUUCUCAUGUGGAGAGUUUUAUGGAGAAGUUUCCUGAUGGAGACCCUGCACAACACCUAAUAGAGGAGCUUCUAUUGCGUGCAGCCAAGAAAGCUGGUAAAUUUCUCUCCUUUGUUUUGGGUGUUUAUACAGCUUUGCUCAAAUUGGCAUGUGUUGCUUCUUUCAACUUUUUCAUAAAGUUACCCAUCUUUCAUUUGUUUGAUCACUGGAAAUCUUUCUUAGAAAAUUUGAGAAAGUCACUUCUAUUUUUGCCAUUCAGUUGGGGGGAAGCUUUUGCGGUCACUAUAUUUGUUAAUAAUUUGUACCCAGUUGUGGUUUAUCUGGAUUUGCUAUUGAAAACUAGUGUAACUUAUGGAGACCUGAUCUAUUUUUUGAAAUUUUUGGUAGAGAUUUUUAUUACUUAUGGACUCAAAGCUGCACUAUCUCUAAUUUUUUGUAGUAAGCUUUGGAGGGCACCGUCAUGUCAAUAGCUAGUUGUAAAUGGGUUUGAGACAUGCCUGCUUUCAUUAAUAGCGAGCUAUCCAACAAAUAUAAGAUUUUGGAUACUACAAGCAAAAAGUAGGGCAACAUGGGAGGGCAGUCUUUCUAAAGCAGGGGUGCAUUAAGAGUUGUAAACAACUGAAACCCAUUCUUCUAGCCCAUAGGAGUACUCAAAAUGAAGAGCCAGAAGAAACAUAUGGCCUAGGGUUCUGCAGUUUCUGUUCUUAAUAUCUGGACGCCCAAUUGCCCAAAUCUGUAUUUGUGGCCCCUGAAUGAAUUAUUGCGGACAUGCAAAGAAGGAAACGAAAAAAGAGAAUCUACAAUGUUAUCUCUAGUAGUAGGGUGAGCAAGAAACCGAUUGACCCUAUGAACCCGUCCGACUCGACUCCAUCCAAGGCUUGAAAGUCAGUUUCUUUUUUUGAUCGGGUCGUUUAUGACUUAUGGGUGAAAAUUAUAGUAAAAAAGAGAGUUUUGGUUGAGUGUUGGUUUGGCUAUAAUUCCAACUGUGCAAUCCGACCUGUCCGAAUAUGCAUGUACCGCGCGUUUGAGAUGUCAGAGUCUUCUUUUAGACUCUGACUCAUAUAUUGACUCCACUACACGUGGCUCCAUUCUAUUGGCUCUUGGGAUUACCAUUUCCCGAGCUUCUCUCCUUCUCAGGCUUAUCCCUUUCUUAAGCUUCUCUCUACACUUCACCUCUACUCAGUCAAGUCUUUCUCUCUCUCCUCUCCUCUCUCGUCCUACCCAACGAAGACCUAGGAACAUGUCUCUUGCCUAAAAAGGGUUCAUCUCUCAUGCAAAUGCUAAGGUGAGAAGAAGAUCAGGUCGUAGCAGCCGGCGAUUUUUGAUCUUCUCUGAUCUGCACUUCACCUCUACACAGUCAAGUCUUUCUCUCUCUCCUCUCCUCUCUCGUCCAACCCAACGAAGACCUAGGAACUUGUCUCUUGUCUAAAAUGGGUUCAUCUCUCAUGCAAUUGCUAAGGUGAGAAGAAGAUUGGGUCGUAGCAGCCAGCGAUUUCUGAUCUUCU